UGUGUGUCUAGUGCGCAUGCUCCACUGCUUUACAGGCAGACCGGCCAUUACCUGCAGAGCUGGAAAUACUACUAAAUAAAAAUAAUAAGACGAAAACCAGGAACAGAGCGAGAGAGACAGAGAGAGGAAGAGUUAGAGACAGCCAGGCGAAACAGACAGAGUCAGCCUGGACCUCAAGACGAUGCUUUAUAACCUUCUGGACUCAGACUUACGUUACGACCUUUGAAACUCAAUAACAAAUCAUAUCUACAAUACCUCAACAAUACCUCACCAGUACCUCAGGAUAUCUCUGCAGACAGCAUCAUCACAGUCAUCUGGGCGACAUGUUUGUUGUGUCUAUGGAUCAGUUUAACAACCAUAUGAUGUGCCUGGUUCAUUGCUGCUAGCCUCUGCUAGUAGGCUGCAUGCUAACAGAGUACUUCAUACUAGCAUGGUUCACAUGAAUAGUAUUUAGCACUACCUGCUUUAUAUGAAGGGCAUGUAGUACUACCUGUGUUAGUAUAGUCAAUAUCAACCAUGCUAGCUACCUGAAUUGCGUUAUAACGUCCCUCUCCUAAAUACAGCUAGUGAGGAUGCUAGCCGGAGGGUAGUAGUAACAUCUGGAUGCUAAAGCGUACUGGAGCCUAAUUCUAUUGAAACAUCUGGAUGUGAGCUGAUGUUACCAGCAUGGUCUCAACAUCUGUCCCGGAGGACCGCUGUAGCAGGGACUACAUCUGUCCCGGAGGACUGCUGUAGCUGGGACUACAUCUGUCUCUAGGACUACUGUAGCUGGGACUACGUCUGUCCUCAGGACUACUGUAGCUGGGACUACAUCGGUCCUUGGGGCUACUGUAGCUGGGACUACGUCUGACCCGUACAGGGACUACCUCUGUUCUUUGGACUGCUGUAGCUGGGACUACAUCCGACCUGUACAGGGACUUCAUAUGUCCUUAGGACUACUGUAGCUGGGACUACAUUUGGUACAGAACAUCAAUAUGCCACCUUGCUGGGUAUCAGAAGGGUGGGUGUGAUGGUGGCUGCCUGCCCUCCAACAACAGUAAUAAUAACAUUAGUAAUAAUAGUAUUGAUGAUAAUAAUAGUGUAGAUGACAGCAGUGAUGCAGCCGGCACAGACCCAUUACGACUUCUUCAAUGAGGAGAAUUCUCCCAAAUGGAGAGGACUGCUGGUUCCCUCCCUCAACAAAGUGCUGAGUCAGGUGCAUCCUAAGCUGUCCUCCCAGCAGGAGGCGCUGCAGUACAUCGAGGAGCUGAUUCUCCUGCUGCUCAGCAUGCUGUGUGCAGCCCAGCCACGCACAGUACAGGAUGUAGAGGAGCGAGUACAGAAGAGCUUUCCUCAUCCUAUUGAUAAGUGGGCCAUCGCAGACGCCCAGGCCGCCAUUGAAAAGAGGAAGAGACGCAACCCCCUCGCACUUCCUGUUGACAAGAUCCACCCUCUCUUAAAGGAGGUCCUGGGUUAUAAAGUCGACCACCAGGUGUCCCUCUACAUGGUGGCCGUGCUGGAGUACAUCUCGGCGGACAUCCUGAAACUGGCUGGAAACUAUGUGAGGAACAUCCGGCACUAUGAGAUCUCCCAACAAGACAUCGCUGUGGCAAUGUGUGCCGACAAGGUUCUCAUGGACAUGUUCCACCAGGACGAGGAGGUGCUGGGGGGGUUCUGCUCCCUGGAGGAGGAGGUGUGUGUGAGCGAGGAGCAGACCUACUACGACCUGGUCCGCUCCCUGAUGACCGAGGGCCGGCUGUAUCUACGCCAACUCAACCUCACCAUAAAGAUUUUCAGAGAGCCCUUCUGCGGCAAUCCCACGCUUUAUUCCCAGCAGGACGUGGACAGCAUCUUCAGCCGGAUCGUGGAUGUCCAGGAGGUGACGGUGAAGCUGCUGGGUCUCCUAGAAGACACGGUGGAGAUGACGGACGAGGGGAACCCCCACCCACUGGUGGGGAGCUGCUUCGAGGACCUGGCGGAGGAGUUGGCCUUUGACCCCUACGAGACCUACUCUCAAGACAUCCUGCGACCUGAAUUCCAUGACCACUUCCUGUGUCAGCUGUCCAAACCUGGAGCAGCCGACUACUUGCAGUCUAUCUGUGAUGGCUUCAAGGAGGCUGUGCAGUAUGUUCUUCCGCGCCUACUCCUAACACCGGUCUACCACUGUCUUCAUCACUUUGAGACACUCAAGCAACUUGAGGAGAAGAGUGAGGAUGAGGAGGAUAAGGAGUGUUUGAAGCAGGCCAUCACCGCCCUGCUUAACCUGCAGGGCAGCAUGGAAAGGAUCUGCACCCGCAACCUGGCCAAGAGGAGACUCAGUGAGUCGGCGGGCCGGUUCUACAGCCAGCAGAUGAGGGGGAAGCCCGUGGCCAUCCGGAAGAUGAACGAGAUCCAGAAGAACAUCGACGGCUGGGAGGGCAAGGACAUCGGCCAGUGCUGCAACCAGUUCAUCAUGGAGGGCCCGCUGACGCGCGUCGGCGCCAAGCACGAGCGCCACAUCUUCCUGUUCGACGGCCUCAUGAUCUGCUGCAAGCUGAACCACAGCGUGCCCCGCCUCCCCAGCUCCGGCUCCCCGGCCGAGUACCGGCUGAAGGAGAAGUUCCUCAUGCGGAAGGUCCACAUCAACGACAAGGACGACAGGGAGGGCGAGUACCGCCACGCCUUCGAGAUCGUCCUGAAGGACGGCAACAGCGUGGUGUUCGCCGCCAAGACGGCCGAGGAGAAGAACGGCUGGAUGGCGGCUCUCAUCUCGCUGCAGUACCGCUGCACGCUGGAGCGCAUGCUGGACUCGGCCAUGCUGCAGGAGGAGAAGGAGGAGCAGAUGAGGCUGCCCCGGGCCGAGACCUACCGCUUCGCAGAGCCCGACUCGGAGGAGAACGUGGUGUUCGAGGAGAACGUCCAGUCCAAGUCCGGGAUCCCCAUCAUCAAGGCUGGGACCGUCCUCAAGCUCAUCGAGAGGCUCACCUUCCACAUGUAUGCAGAUCCAAACUUCGUGAGAACCUUCCUGACCACCUACCGCUCCUUCUGCCGACCCCAGCAGCUGCUUGGCCUGCUCAUUGAGAGGUUUGAGAUCCCGGAGCAGCGUCCGGCGGAGGGGGAGGAGUCCGGGGCCGGGGAGCCUCUGCUGAGCGCUGAGCUCAAACGCUUCAGGAAGGAGUUCGUCCAGCCGGUCCAGCUCAGGGUCCUGAACGUGUGUCGCCACUGGGUGGAGCAUCACUUCUACGACUUUGAGCGAGACGCCGAACUGCUCAGGAGGCUGGAGGACUUCAUCGCUUUGGUCAGAGGUAAGCCCAUGAAGAAGUGGGUGGAGUCCAUUAGUAAGAUCAUCCUGAGGAAGAAACAGGCCAGUGGUCCCAGCCUGAACCCCCCCCUGCAGAGCUCCGCCCCCAACAUCACCUUCCAGAACUCACCUCCACCUGUGGAGUGGCACAUCUGCAGGCCGGGACAGAGCGAGCACUUUGACCUUCUGACCCUUCACCCCAUCGAGAUAGCCCGCCAACUAACCCUGCUGGAGUCCGAGUUGUUCAGGGCGGUGCAGCCGUCAGAGCUGGUGGGCAGCGUCUGGACCAAGGAAGACAAGGAGCUCAACUCCCCCAACCUGCUGACGAUGAUCCGACACACGACUAACCUCACGCUGUGGUUUGAGAAGUGUAUGGUGGAGACGGAGCACCUGGACGAGCGUGUGGCUGUGGUCGGUAGGAUCAUAGAGGUCCUGCAGGUGUUCCAGGAGCUCAACAACUUUAACGGCGUUCUGGAAAUCGUCAGCGCCAUGAACUCCUCCCCAGUGUACCGCCUUGACCACACCUUUGAGCUGAUCUCUGGUCGUCAGCGGAGGAUCCUGGAGGAAGCCCAUGAGCUGAGCGAGGACCACUACAGGAAGUACCUGGCCAAGCUGCGCUCCAUCAACCCACCCUGCGUCCCCUUCUUCGGGAUCUACCUGACUAACAUCCUGAAGACGGAGGAGGGCAACCCGGACUUCCUGAGGAGGGCGGGGAAAGAGCUGAUCAACUUCAGCAAGCGGCGGAAGGUGGCCGAGAUCACUGGAGAGAUCCAGCAGUACCAGAACCAGCCCUAUUGCCUCAGGGAGGAGCCCGACAUCCGGCGGUUCUUUGAGAACCUGAACCCGAUGGCGGAUCGGGCGGAGAAGGAGUUUGCCGACUAUCUGUUCAACAAGUCUCUGGAAAUAGAACCACGCAACGUCAAGUCUCUGCCCCGCUUUGCCCGGCGCUACAGCUGUCCUCUGAAGUCCCCGGGCGUGCGUCCGUCGGCCGUGCGUCCGGCCGCGCCGCGCCACCCCACGCCGCUGCAGAACGAGCCCCCCAAGAUCAGCUACAGCCGCAUCCCCGGCAGCGAGGCGGAGGGCGGAGCCUGCUCCACCCCCAGCUCCCCCCGCACCCCGCCCACCCCCUCCACCUGCAGCACCGCCGACACCACCUGCAGCGUCUUCGACCCGCCCCCGGGGCCGGGGAGCCCCCUGCACUCCAGGUCCUCCUCCAUCUCCUCCAUCUCCUCCUUGACGGUCUUCAGCCGCUGGCCUGAGGACCUCCCCCUCCCACCGCCUGUCCCCCCCCGGCGCCGGCCAGACUCCGCCCCCACGGAGCCCGCCCCCUCAAAGGUGAUGUCCUCCCCCCCCGCCGUCCCUCCCCGCCAGCCAACCAGCUGUCAGCUCUACUCCCCCCUCCUCCCCCCUAGGGAGCCAUUCACCUCCCCCCUCCACCUCCUCCCUCCCCCCCCAGGCCACGCCCGCUGUCCCCAGACCUUCUUCCCCCCGUCCUCCUCCCAACUCACUCCCCUGCCGCCCCCCUCCCCCUGUCCCUCCCCCUGCUCCCGGAAGCACCUCCCCUCUCCCCCCCUCCCCGAGGGAGAGCUCCUCCCCCUGGGGCCCCCCGUCCCGCCCCGUCUCACCGCCCCCGAUGGGGGAGGGGCUCCCAAACUGCCCCCCAAAACCUACAAGAGGGAGGGCCCAGGACACGCCCCUGAGACCUCCUAGAGAGAGAGAGAGAGAGAGAGAGAGAGAGAGG